AGUAUCUGCCGUAGACGUUUGCACAACGCAGGCACGCCGUCGCUCUACGCCCGCAGCGGUCGGAGUUUCACACACAAAAAUUACGACAAACGAACGGCUUUUCUCGCCCUUCACCCCGUCCCUCCGUUUCCGGGUCCGGACGAGUCGAUCACUCGGGUUCGCACGCUCGGCGUCCGAAAAUCACGGCCGGGUCUGACGCGUAAAGUUCUCAAGGACGAAUCCUUGAUGGGUUUCCGUAGGCGUUUCGGUGUUUGUUUACAAGUAACAUUAAUGGCAUCGUAGCUUACAAUCACGCAGAUAGUGGAGCAGGAGGAAAAGGAGGAGGUGGUAGAAGGAAGAAAAAACUGGUGAAAAAAAAACAGUUAGAAAGCAGAAAGUAAGAGAUAAGCAAACGGGAGACAGCGUAAGUGUAAGUGAUAUGCUGGUUUUUUUUUUGUUGGUGUGACAUACAAGCCAACCAUGGAAGCAAUGUCAACAAACUGACGGGUGAAAUAUUGGACGGAUAAAUACACAGGGGGAUCGGUGUAUGUUUGCACCUUGGGUUCGAGUUUUGCUUCAAUUAGUGGACGUAACAGUUUGUAGCUGCAGCAAUUUAAGAAGCAAUCUAAGGACGUUGUGUUUGAAAUAUUCAAUCCAUCUACAAAACUAAUUCACACCAUCAUCAUUUCACGCGAAGCCGUCUCGCCAGAUUCUUCCUCCGCUGACACUACGUACAGCAAACACCUUCCAGAUGCCGCACGACUCUCCACUAUCAGCCAUGCGGCUGCAGGCAAGACGACUAUCAUCCGACCUUCAUCGAUACAUUGCGCCGCUGCGGAUCGGAUCAUCCACGUGUACGACUUGCACGAUGACGGAGCGAAGGCAUAAGGCAUGACAAUCGAGAGGGAUGGUACAGACAUCCUUGAGGAUUCAGCAGACGUGAAGAUUAAUCGGCAUUCUCAUCUGCGGAUGGAGAGCAGCGAUGAUGAGUACCCACGAUACAGAAGCAGCGCACGGUUAGCUUGCUCCGUCUACGCUCCUAAGAAAGCUGGAUAAAUAGGCGAAUGUCUGGCGAAUCUGGGUCUGCCGUUGGGCGAGACUACACUAAUGAGUGCGUCUUGUGCUUUCAAUAGUGUCACUUUGUUCGCUGCUUCAAGCUGAUGACAAACUGUCAUCCAACACUACGCGCGAACCUCUUCCCUUUAAACGCACUAUCCCGCACUAAUGCUUGCUUUGUGAUUCAUUCAUCCUCAAAGGUUCCGCAACGUCGGUGUUCAGCAUCGUCCUGCGCGUAGCAUGUCACACCAUUGACCCUUCGAAGAGGCGACGGGCUAAUUAUAACGGUAAUUAAUUCCACUGUUCAUCAGGCCUCUCGCAAUGACGCAGUGCUCUUUCGAUUCGGGAACGGCUUCAAUAUCCACGGGGCUUCGCACGUUCCUAUUUGGCACGCAUUGAGAUGGGCUGUGAACACACUUCCCGAUCAAAAGCACUGCAUGUGAAUGCACAAAAUACGCAACUUAACUCGUACGGUUUGCGCUCAAUUCAACUUGGGUAAUUCGGUCUCACGUACUUCUGCUUUAAUCACGCGAAGAUGACCGUUCCUGGGUACAGGCACAUCUCACUGGACCAAACUCCGUAUCGUUCAUUCGUUUCGGUGUUUCGUCGCUCGCAGCUCAAACAUGGACCCGUUGGGAGGCUGUCGAAAUUAUCAAUUGCUAUCCGUGCUGGCUCAGCGCAUCUGCUCCCUUGUCGUGUGUUUGAUCAAACAUGUGCGGCAAGAGAACAUAGCGGUGCAGACUGUCUUGCGCCAAGCGCUGCUUCCCAUGCACCGUGCGUUGACGGAGUUUUUGUUCGGCCAGGCGCAUUCGUCCCAGCAUAGUCCAUUUCAGCUGCGUGGUUCAACACAUUCCCUUCUCUCCUUACCGUCGAUGCCUCUCUAUCCCAACCACCCGUCCCUUCACCAGCCAACCCUUGAACGUUUCCCAUCGCUCCACGGCAACAUCACGCCACCGGAAGGCUCCAUCACUCCACCGCGCGGCAGUACACCACCUUCCUGGCUCGGCGGCACACCGAUCGGUUUCACCUCAACGCCGCUUCGCACGCCGGCGGUGCGUCCCCAGCCAGAACCGUUUGCGCUCAUCAAUCAGCUGCUGACAGCGAUACGCACCUCGAAUGAGGGCAAUUUGUCAAACGUCACCGAACAGUACGCCAGCGAUCCCGUUUUCCGCGAGCGUGCCCUCCGCGAGCUGGAUGAGCUACGAUCGUGCAUUGCGCCCCAAGCUGGCGGUGCGUACAAUGGGGCAGGGCAGGCAGUGCGGGCACUGCUGGACCGGGUAGAGCAGGCGGAAAUAACGCUCUCGAUGCUUAUCAACAAUUUAGAGCAAUUGCAAAAUCAUUGAAGACUGUUUGAAGCAUAAGCGAAACUAAAAAAACAAAAUUGUGUGUAUUUUAAUUGAAUUCCUAAAAUCAAAUGUGUUAUUCAAUAAAUUAUGCGUAAAAUAAACGAG